AUGUUUGCAUACAAGAUAGCUGGACCGUCGCUGCGGUCCGCAUGCUACGCGUCUCGGCAACGGACGAUUUCUGUCUUUCGUCCUGCUGUGUCACAACUUCGUCACCUUUCGGGGCAGCGCGUGCAAUAUGCCCAGCGGAGAAGUGGAGCCCCGAGGCCUACCCACGAACAGCCACCUAUACCGGAAGAAGUAUUACAGCAGGCGAUAGACGAUGCUUCCGACAAUACAUAUACGCAAUUUCCCAAGGUUAGGGUGAGAUAUCUGCUUCCUGCGAUAUGGGCGCUCUCUGUAUCCGGCGGCAUCUUUUAUGGCCUCGCCUACCUAGAAGCCAAGAGGGAGCUCAAAACAAAGCCAGCAUCUGCUGGAGGAUGGCUUCAAGCGCCACAAUGGAGUACAAGACAACGCGGACCACCAACCCCGACUGAAGUCGUAACUGGAGCCUGGACCAAUCUCGAUCCCAUUUCGAGAGUCACGUACGGAAUUAUUGGGGCCAACAGCGGCGUCCACCUGAGCAGCUUUCUAGUACCCAGAGCCUGGGAAACUUUGUGGCAUUUACCCGCUCGCAACGUCAAUUACACCCAGUUUACAUCCAUGUUUGUACAUUCUGGAGCUUUGCAUUUCUUCGUCAAUAUGUACUUUUUGAACAACUUUAUGGCGCCAGUUGGCUACUCUCGCCUAUUCGAAGGCAGUCCAUACCAUACGUUAUCAUUUUAUCUCUCAGCUGGCGUGCUGUCAGGCUUCGCCCAACACUGGACGACCUUAAGUACUCGCAUACCUUUUCACAGGCGACCAAUUCCUGAGAUCUUCAUUCGCUCUGGGGGCGCGUCAGGAGCACUGUUCGGAAUUCUGGGAGUCUUCUGCAUGCAAUACCCCCACGCUGGCCUAGGAAUACUAUUCGUUCCCGUACACUUCGACGCGCAAUAUGUACUGCCUGCGAUCCUGCUUUUCGAUCUCGUUGGCAUUAUUCGUGGGUACAGCUUUGUGAACUUUGGUCACGCGGCUCACUUUACCGGUGGAAUGUUGGGUGUAGCAUACUCGUAUUUUGAUGGGAAAACGAACCUUUGGAAACCACUAGUGCGCCACUGGAAACGCCGUCUGCAGCAAUCCUAG